CACACCGGUGGGACACUCACAGAGGAAGUGUUUUGGUGACGCCCAGGGAGUGACUAAUACCUCAAUAACCCCUUAUUUUUACCUCUACCAAGUCCCCCAGCACCUGCCGCCAUGACGGGCCGCCUGCCGCCGUGUAUUGUGGACGUGGGCACAGGAUACACCAAGCUGGGGUUUGCGGGGAACCAUGAACCGCAAAUGAUCAUUCCCAGUGCGGUGGCCAUCAAGGAGACGGCCAAGGUGGGGGAGCAGUCCCAGCGCCGCCUCUGUAAGGGAGUGGAGGACCUCGACUUCUUCAUUGGCGACGAGGCCAUGGACGCCACCGGGUAUGCUGUCAAGUACCCAGUGAGACAUGGCAUCGUGGAGGACUGGGACUUGAUGGAGAAGUUUAUGGAGCAGUGCAUCUUUAAGUACCUGAGAGCAGAGCCAGAGGACCACUACUUCCUGCUCACCGAACCACCGCUCAACACGCCAGAGAACAGAGAAUACACUGCAGAGAUCAUGUUUGAGUCGUUCAAUGUGCCAGGGCUGUACAUCGCAGUGCAGGCCGUGCUGUCCCUGGCGGCAUCCUGGGCGUCACGGCAGGCCACGGAGCGCUCUCUCACAGGCACCGUCAUUGACUCUGGCGACGGUGUGACGCACGUUAUCCCUGUGGUGCGCUGACGGUACGUGAUAGGAAGCUGCAUCAAGCACAUCCCCAUCGCCGGCAGGGACAUCACCUACUUUGUACAGAGUCUGCUGAGGGAGAGGGAGCCAAACAUCCCCCCACAGAUGAGCAUGGAGACUGCCAAGGCUGUCAAGGAGAGGUUCAGCUACAUCUGUCCGGACAUCGCCAAGGAGUUCAACAAGUACGACAGUGACCCGGCCAAGUGGAUCAAGAAAUACGACGGCAAGAACCCUGUCAACAACCAGGCCUUCACUAUUGACAUUGGCUACGAGCGCUUCCUGGGCCCUGAGAUAUUCUUCCAUCCUGAGUUUGCCAAUCCAGACUUCACCACCCCGAUCAGCGAGGUGGUGGACAACGUGAUCCAGAACUGCCCCAUUGACGUUCGCCGGCCGCUGUACAAGAACAUCGUGCUGUCCGGUGGCUCCACCAUGUUCAAGGACUUUGACCGGCGGCUGCAGCGAGAUGUAAAGCGCAUUGUUGACGCUCGACUGCGCAUCACGGAACAGCUCAGUGGCGGCCGGAUUAAGCCCAAGCCGAUUGACGUGAAUGUCAUCGCCCACAAGAUGCAGCGCUAUGCCGUCUGGUUCGGAGGAUCAAUGCUUGCGUCAACGCCUGAUUUCUACCAAGUCUGUCACACGAAGGCAGAGUAUGAGGAGAAGGGCCCGAGCAUCUGCCGGCACAACCCAGUGUUUGGCGCCAUGGCAUAGACACACUCCACCACCACCACCACCACCACAAGUACCACCACCGCCGCCGCCGCCACCUCCUUGCUGCGUGCUGGGUGAUUUUAUUGUUAUGGACACUUAGUCAAAUGGCCUUGCUGUUGUUAAGUGUGUAUGUUUGUAUGUGUAUGUAUGUUUGUGUGUGUGCGUAUGUGUGUGUGUGUUGGGUAGAUAGAGGAAAAAAGUGUUGGGUUUGUAUGGAAAUUGGCUGGGUUUUUUUUAUUUGUUUUGUUAUUCGGUUCUGAAAUGCAUGUGGUAUUUGGUUUUAAGCAGGAGGGGUUUAAAAUGUGCCAAUUUUUGCAAGCCUGUGUGUGUGUGUAUUUGUGCAAUGAUAGAGAGAGAGAGAGAGAGAGUUUGUGGGAGUGUGAGAGAAGUGCAUUUGUGUAUAUUUACCUAGUUUAUGUAUGUUUGUAUGUGUGUAUGAGCGAAUGAGAGAUAAUAUGUGUUCGAAUGUAUUUACCUAGUGUGUGUGUGUGUGUGUUACAAAGGUCAAGUGUGUAUUUUUGUGAGUUGGAAAGAUAGAUGGAGUGUGUGUGUGUGUGUGUGUGUGCGCGCACGCGUAUGAGAGAGAGAGAGGAGAGCGCACAACUGAUUCAUUCCUCACUAAUGCUAAUGAUUACUUGGGGUGAGAAAAUCAACUGAAAGAAAACGAUUAAUCAGAUUCACACAUUUUUUUUUUUCUUUCGUCAUUUCUCUUCAUUCAGCGACGCUCAAAACUUUGGUACACACAUCACACUAAUUAUUCUUUCCUCAUGACUCUUAUUUCUUUAUGUAUGAAUUCCUAAUGUAUUCUCUGAUAAUUUAUUGAUAGACUUACUUUACACUGCCAAGCAUUAUUGUAUUGAGGUGAGGAAGCUUAGAGGAACUUGAUCUAUCUCUGUACCAGGCUGGCAGUCACACACAGGGUACCCCAAACAUACACACACACACACACACACACACACACACACACACACACACACACACACACACACACACACACACACACA